AUGGAUUGCAACAAAUUAGCAGAAGAUGAGAUCACUGAGUUAGGAAUGGAGUUCAAUAGUGAAAAGGAUGCGUACAAGUUUUACAACAAAUAUGCCUUUCAAAUGGAUUUUAGUGUACGCAAAGACUAUCUAAAUAAAUACAAAGACAACGUGACCACGUCUAGGAGAUAUAGAUGUUGCAAGGAAGGUGUGAAGCGCAAGUACGAAGGUGAUGUGAUGCCAAAGAGGACACGAGCGCUGACGAAAAUAGGGUGUGGAGAUAAAAUGGUUAUCGUGUUGCUUAGAAGGACAAUGAAGUACCGUGUGCAUGACCUUGUCUUAAAGCAUAACCGUGAGUUGGACAUUGCUCAAUGUUCGCACAUGAUGCUAUCACAAAGAAAAGCGAGUGAGACUCAAGGAUUCCAAACUAAAAUAAGCGAGAAUACUGGGCUUUCAUUGAAAUGA